UGUUAGUAUGAGUAAUCAAUUUCAGAAAAACAAGGAACGCCUAAAAAUGCUUAUUAAAUCGACUGUAGCAAUAUCGAGGGUAGAGCAAUUUUCUAAAAGUGUUUUUGUACCGCUUCAGUUCAGUCGUUUCUUGAUCUCCGUGUUCAUGUUGACCACCUUUGUUCAUUGUGCGAGUCGAGACAAUUUUACAAAAUAGUUUACUCACAACGUGUAACUAUCAUACUAUUGAAUUAAUCUUUAUUAUAAUAUUUUUAUUUAAAACAUAAAAAAUAGUUUUUAUAACGUGUACGUGUUUCAUUGAGAUUUGUAUAAUCAGUAGUAAUUAAACUUUAUAAUUUAUUGUCAUAACUUGAUAGCAGAUUACAUAGAUACUAUCAUCAACUGAGUUGAUAACUAUAUUUACAAUAUGAAGGAAGAACCGACGAGAGAUGGUAGUAUCCGAUGGAUGUCGUGGGUACUAGGUGGAAGCAAGAACGUCCAACGAGCUGCUGAUGAUCAAGUUGUAGGGAAACACAGAUUGUGGCAGCUUAUUCAAAUGAGAAGAAUUCACGAAAGUAAAGUCGGUGGUACUGCCCGGAUGUUGUCGUCAAAUGAAAAACUUUGUCUCUCACCAUUAAUUUUUCGUCAGAGUUCUACCGUUGACGGUGACGUGUGUUUAUUAACAGAUAGUCCUUAUAGAAUUUUAAGGGCGGCCGAGAGUGGUAACUUGGAUGAUUUCAAUCGUCUUUUCGUAGCAGAACCUGCCCGUCUUGAGGUGAGAGAUUCAAAAGGUCGAGCGGCCGUACAUCAAGCAGCUGCCCGAAAUAAAUUAAAUAUAUUGCAAUUCAUCAGAAACCACGGAGGAGAUUUGAACUUACGGGAUUCUUGUGGAAAUACUCCAAUUCACAUUGCAAUCGAGCACAACUCAUUGGACGCGCUGGAAUAUUUACUUCAAAAUGGUGCCGAUCCAAGUGCAUUAAAUGAUAAAAAGCAAGCGGCUCUACAUUUAGCAGUCGAGCUAAACCGUGUAGCCGUUCUCCAAGUGAUGUGUAAAUUCAAAGAUCGGAUCGAUCCCAGGCAAGGUGGUAACCACGGUAGAACAGCACUUCAUUUGGCUGCCAUCCACGAUAAUGAUGAAUGUGCACGUAUUUUGGUCACAAGUCUUGCAGAUUCGAAGUUUAAAUAUUUCAAAGCCGAAGACACUAUAUCAAAUCAAAAAUCACAAAAUUUUAUAGCUUUCUUAUGUUCAGUAUUCAAAAUGUGUUUGACAUGGAAAUACACUAAAUAUUAUAAACAUCAGUGCAAUAUCAACCCACUAAAGAUGAAAGACUUGGGGGUAGAUAACAGACAGCCCUGUCACAAUGGAUACUAUCCAAUUCACGAAGCAGCAAAAAAUGCAGCGUCCAGAACGAUGGAAGUGCUUUUGCAGUGGGCUGAAAGCAGGGGUGAUUCGAGGCAUCAAAUGAUAUCGUUUUUCGAUGCCGAAGGCAACGUGCCACUCCAUUCCGCAGUGCAUAGCGGAGAUUUCAAGGCUGUGGAAUUGUGUUUGAAGUCUGGAGCUAAGAUAUCAACGCAACAAUACGAUUUGUCCACACCGGUUCAUUUAGCUUGUGCACAGGGGGCCAUUGAAAUAGUUAGGUUAAUGUUCGGUCUACAGCCUGCCGAAAAGGAUCAGUGCCUAUGUUCAUGUGAUGCACAAAAAAUGACACCACUUCACUGUGCUGCCAUGUUCGAUCGAUCUGAAAUCGUCCAAUAUCUUAUUGAAGAGGGAGCUGAUAUUAAUGCGUUAGACAAGGAGAGUAGAUCGCCGUUACUUUUAGCUGCCAGUAGAUCAGGUUGGAGAACAGUUACAAGUUUAAUUAGAUUAGGUGCUGACGUUCAAGUGAAAGACUCCGGUAAAAGGAAUGUGUUACAUUUGGUAGUUAUGUACGGGGGAAGACUUGAUGAAUUUGCUCACGAAAUUACCAUGGCAAAUAAUCAAGAUGCUCUAGAAAUGUUAUUAAACGAAAAAGACAAUACCGGAUGUUCUCCUUUACAUUACGCCAGUAGAGGUGGUCAUAUUCGUAGCGUGGAAAGUUUAUUACGGUUAGGGGCAUGUGUUAAUAUAAAGAAUUACAACGGAGAGAGUCCAUUACAUUUUGGGGCAAGGUAUGGAAGAUAUAAUAUCGUCAAAAAAUUGUUGAACUCGGAAAAAGGGGCUUUUAUCAUUAACGAAUCGGACGGCGAAGGGUUAACACCGCUACACAUAGCGUCUCAACAAGGUCAUACGAAAGUGGUGCAAUUAUUCUUGAACAGGGGAGCCUUACUGCACCGGGAUCACAAAGGUCGGAAUCCUCUGCAUUUAGCUGCUAUGAGCGGCUACACGCAGACCAUAGAGCUAUUGCAUUCCGUGCAUUCGCAUUUACUCGAUCAAUGUGACAAAGAUAAAAAUACAGCAUUGCAUUUGGCAACUAUGGAAAAUAAACCCAAUGCUAUUACGUUGUUAUUGCACAUGAACUGUAAACUAUUGUUCAACUCAUUGGACUUGAGUGCAAUCGAUUACGCCAUAUACUAUAAAUUCCCCGAAGCAGCACUAUCGAUGGUCACUCACGAUUCAAGAGCUGAAGAAAUAAUGUCACUGAAGUCGGACAGACAUCCUUGUGUUACGCUAGCACUGAUCGCAUCCAUGCCACGUGUGUUUGAAGCUGUACAAGACAAAUGCAUCACGAAAGCCAACUGUAAAAAAGACUCCAAACAGUUUUAUAUUAAGUAUUCGUUCUCGUGUCUUCAAUGUCCGUUUGUACAAAAAUGCGGAACUACUGGUACAAUAAAACCCACUCCACUGCCUGCCUUAAACGCAAUGGUCGUCCACGGACGAGUUGAACUUUUGGCACACCCAUUAAGUCAAAAAUACUUACAAAUGAAAUGGAACACGUAUGGAAAAUAUUUUCACCUAGCACAUUUAUUGUUUUACACGAUAUUUCUGGUAUCCGUCACUCUGUUUUCAUCUCAACUGAUGGUCUACAACCACAAUUCGUCGUUCAACAUCACGAAUGACGCUCUGCUAACUGUCGAGAACAAUAUCACAAAUGCGGCCACUCUGAAGACAGUAGCAGUCAUGAUUGUCAUCUACGUAUUCAUUAACAGCGCGCGAGAGGGCAUUCAAUUUUAUCAGCAAGGGUGGCCGUACCUACUGGAUCCCACCAAUGUAGUGGCAAUAUUGUUAUACUUUUCAGCUAUAGCUAUGAUAGCACCGAAUUUGACUAACUGUUUGCUAGAAUAUCAAAUAUCUUCUGCCAGCAUAACUGUAUUCCUUAGUUGGUUCACGUUGCUUCUAAAUCUACAAAGAUUCGAUCAGGUAGGGAUAUAUGUUGUGAUGUUUAUCGAAAUAUUGCAAACCUUGAUCAAAGUACUACUCUUAUUCUCAAUACUAAUUGCUGCUUUUGGUCUAGCAUUCUACAUUUUACUAUCAAGGGGUCGUCAUUUGGCAUUCAGUACGAUACCGAUGUCAUUAUUGCGGACGUUUGCAAUGAUGUUAGGUGAAAUUGACUUGCUUGGAACUUAUAUACAUCCACUGUAUAAGAUAGAUGAAAAUGGCCAAAAUAGAACAAUUCCAUACCCAGUACCCGUGUUCUUAAUGCUCGGCGUGUUUAUGGUUCUUAUGCCCAUUCUGCUGAUGAAUCUACUCAUUGGUUUGGCUGUUGGAGAUAUAGAAUCUGUCAGAAGAAACGCGCAGCUCAAAAGACUGGCAAUGCAAGUCAUCUUACACACUGAACUCGAGCGCAAAUUGCCACAUGUGUUGCUGGAGAAGAUCGAUAAAGCUGAACAGAUCGAAUAUCCUAACGAAAGAAAAACGAAAAUGGGUUUUUUGGACUUAAUCUUGCGAAAAUGGUUUUGUAACCCGUUUUCCGAUGACGCUGUCGAAAUGGUGUUGGAGAACAAUGAAAAUCAUUUAGCUGACGAAAUAGACAAAGUCAAAGAUCGAUUGAAAACAAUUACAAGCUCACUUGAAAACCAACAAACCUUCCUCCGCCUUAUUAUACAGAAAAUGGAAAUUAAAACCGAAGAAGACGAGGUGGACGAAGGUGUAUCGCAGAAAGAAAUAGCAUUUACCACUAAUACAAACUCAAAAUGGUCUUCGCCGAGAAUAAGGACUAAACUUAAAUCGUCUUUUAGUUUUUCGAAAAGCUAUUCAAAAUAAAUUCGUUUAAUAGUUUUUAGAUAAGAAUUAGGUAUCUACGUCUUAAAUAUUAGACUAACAUAUAAUACGUAAUAUAUUGUUUUUAGGAUCUACAAUAUUAAUGCCUAAUUUUUACAAUGUUGGAAGCAUUAUAUUUAAUACGUCAGUUUUAUUACAUUUUAAUUUAAAAUUUUCAGUUGAAU